GGAACCUGAGCGUCUGCUUUUGCGGUUCCGGUCGGAAUUACAAAGCGGCGCACGCCGACAUGGCUGCGCUCUUAGUGAGAGGUGUUCGGGACAUGCUGAAGCGUGCGGACAUCGCGACGGCCCCGCGGAGACAACGACAUAAGAAGAAAUGGGCUUCCACAGAGCCCAAAUUUCCUGCUACUCGACUGGCUCUGCAGAAUUUUGACAUGACCUACAGUGUGCAAUUUGGAGAUCUCUGGCCAUCGAUCCGGGUCAGUCUCCUCUCAGAGCAGAAGUAUGGUGCACUGGUCAAUAAUUUCGCUGCUGGGGAUCAUGUGAGUGCUGAGCUGGAGCAGCUGAAGGCCAGGGACUUUGUGAAUGAAGCUGUCUUCCACAGGGAACCAGAGCCUGAGAAUAGCCAAACUGCUGCUCCAUCCCCUGCGUCCUGGGCUUGCAGUCCAAAUCUUCGUUGUUUUACUUUCACCAGAGGGGAUGUCAGCCGUUUCCCUCCUGCCAGGCUUGGCAGCCUGGGUCUCAUGGACUACUACCUGAUGGAUGCCGCGUCCUUGCUGCCUGUCCUGGCCCUUGGCCUGCAGCCUGGGGACACCGUGCUUGACCUGUGUGCAGCCCCUGGGGGAAAGACAUUAGCAUUGCUUCAGACUGGCUGUUGCCGCAAUCUCGCUGCCAAUGAUCUCUCCACGUCACGAACGAGCAGGCUACAGAGGGUCCUUCACAGCUAUGUGCCUCAAGAUGUCAGGGAUAAGAAUCGAGUUCGAGUCACAUCAUGGGAUGGCAGGAAGUGGGGAGAAUUGGAGGGGGACACCUAUGACCGGGUGCUAGUGGAUGUGCCCUGCACCACAGACCGCCACUCCCUUCAUGAGGAGGAAAACAACAUCUUUCAGCGUUCCAGGAAGAAGGAGCGGCAGAUGUUGCCUAUGUUGCAGAUGCAGCUUCUUGCGGCUGGACUCCUUGCCAGCAAACCAGGAGGCCACGUUGUCUAUUCUACCUGCUCACUUUCACAUUUACAGAAUGAGUAUGUGGUGCAAGGCGCCAUCGAGCUCCUGGACAAUCAAUACAGCAUCAAGGUUCAUGUGGAAGACUUGACUCACUUCCGAAAGCUUUUCAUGAACACGUUUUCUUUCUUCCCAUCCUGCCAGGUUGGGGAGCUGGUAAUCCCAAACCUCAUGGCCAAUUUUGGGCCUAUGUACUUUUGCAAAAUGUGUAGAAUGACGUAGCAUCGCCCUGCUCCUGAAGUCCUGGUGUAGGAAGACUGGGUGUACUCUUGUGGAGACCAGUGGCAAAUCUCCAUCCCAUUCAAGUCUUUCUAUAGAUGGUUUUCAGCAGUAGGAAGUAGGAGUUUUUCUGUCCUGCUGUCCAAUUGUGGAGCAUCAGCAGGUUUCUAACUCACUUAUUACAACCCACUUCCAAUCCCCACGCCCCAUCUUUGAGCCUGUGCUAAAGGUUCCUGCCCCAUUAGGGGUUUAGGAGGAGGAACCAGUAUGCUGUAAACUUGGGAAGAAGUGUUUAGCCAAUAAAAUUGUUGAAGCUCCAUCGAGCUGGGGCUGAA